GCUCCUCAAAUCAAGGGGAGUGAUAGUCGAGGUAGCAGUGAGGUCCAAUCAUCACUCACUCCGUCAGCCGUCUCUCCAAUGAAAGAUAUCCAAGGUAUAUUGGCGGUGCGAAAAACAUGGCGGAAAAUUUAAAAGUUUGUAGUGUCCCUUGCAAGCUUUCAUGGGAGGACUUGCAAACUGUCUGCCGUCGAAAGAGGCUCAACUGUAAACAGUUGAAGGUGAACAAGCACAAUUUUUAUGACUUUGAAGUCGAAUACCUUUGUGACUACAAGAAGAAAAAGGAUCAGGAGUUGUACCUUGUGAAAUGGAAGGGCUAUCCUGAGUCGGCCAACACCUGGGAACCCAAGAAGAACCUCAAGUGCACAACGCUGUUAAAGCAGUUCAAUCAGGAUCUGGAACGUGAACAGAGGCGCCAAAAGAAGAAGCGUAACUUUAAAAGCCUGGACAAAGACAUUGUCUCAGUCCUGGUGCAGAAGGCCAAACUACGUAAAAGGCUCCUGCUCUGGGAGGCUGACUUGAACAAGACACGCUCACAUCCUGGCCGUAUCCUUGUCCUUAACGAGGUGGACCUAGAGGGCCCGCCCAAGGACUUCUCCUACAUCAACAACUACAAGGUGGGAGACGGAAUCAUACUAAAUGAGGUGGCGAUAGGUUGUGAGUGUAAGGACUGCUUUAAAGAACCGGUGAAAGGCUGUUGUCCUGGGGCGUCCCUCCAUCGCCUGGCAUAUAACAUCCGGGGCCAAGUACGUGUGCGUGCGGGGGAACCUAUCUAUGAGUGUAACUCUCGCUGCUGCUGCGGCCCUGACUGUCCCAAUCGAGUAGUUCAGAACGGGAUCCAGUUUGACCUGUGUAUCUUUAAAACUGAGAAUGGCCGGGGCUGGGGUGUGCGGACGUUGCAGCACAUCAAGAAGAACACUUUUGUAAUGGAGUAUGUUGGAGAGAUCAUCACAUCAGAUGAGGCUGAGAGGAGGGGUCACCUGUACGACCGACAGGGAUCCACCUACCUUUUUGAUCUGGACUAUGUGGAAGAUGUUUACACUGUAGAUGCAGCCUCCCAUGGCAACGUCUCCCACUUUGUCAACCAUAGUUGCAACCCCAAUCUACAGGUUUACAAUGUAUUUGUUGACAACUUGGAUGAGAGGCUCCCACGGAUAGCUUUGUUUUCAACCCGUUCCAUCCGGGCUGGAGAGGAGCUUACUUUUGACUACAAAAUGCAAAUCGAUCCAGUUGACGCAGAGGGCACCAAAAUGGAUUCAAAUUUCAGUGUUGCAGGACUCCCAAGUUCACCAAAAAAACGAAUUCGGGUAGAGUGCAGGUGUGGGUCUGAUUCCUGUCGGAAAUACCUCUUCUGAUAUGGAAGCAUUCCACUUUGGAACAACUGUCAGCAAGAUCUGUAUUUGUAAUAGAUCAGCUUUUAUAUUUGUUUGGCUUUGUUUUUUUUGUUUUUUAAGACCCACAUGGCUUUUAUUGAAAUUGCAACUGAUUUUCUAUGCCAUGAAAAUGGCAUGUCUGCCUCUUUUGUGAAAUGAUAGUUGUGAAGGAUUUACAGCCUUCACCACCAACAACUGUAAAGUUAACAAUUUAUGUAAAUUCUUGUGUGUUUAGUGUCUUGGUGCUUUUAUGGUUUUGAUGGUGAUAUAUGAUUUUUGUGGUGUUGCAUUGCAUUGAUUUGUGAACUACAAUUCAAUAGAGUGACUGAUGUCAUGGGACACUUCAUACCGUUAUGGUAAAACACAUGGUUUGUUAUAGCACGUCAGUUGUGUUGUUGCAAAGUCAUAUUCAUGUCCAGAAUCUGUGAGGCCAAAUUUAAAUGUAAUUCAUAUUUUAAAGUAAUUUUUUAUGGUCAUGUUAAUGUACAAUGUGUUUGUGUUUAUAGUGCAAAGGUGUAAAUUGUAAAUACAUUUUAAUUAGAUAGUUUAACCCUCACAACUUUUUAAGUAUUCUACCAAUUAACUUUCUUUGUCUUUUUUAAUCAUAUUGCAGUGUAAUGUAUAGACACAGUUGCAGCUCGUGAUGUCACAAGGUGCAACUGCCAGGCCAUCUGAGGAUAACUUAAAUACACCACUAGAUGGUGCAAGUAAUCUGAGGCUAUCAAUAUUGCCUACAAAGUGCCUGUUUAGGGGUAUAUUUUUUAUACAUUUCUGAUUACGUUUUCUCAGCUUUUGGACUACAAAAUGUACAAAAAGAAUAGAAAUGUAUUAUUACUUUCUUUUAAGAUGCAAGUAUUGGCUUGCAUCUUGUUAGUUUCUACUAAAAUGUCUCUUUGAAAACCUUGUAUGAAUGACAAUUUGCAAUAACUGUUUUCAAACCCAAGCUGUACAAUAUUGUCUGACCAUGUGAGAGAAGGUGUUUUCAAUUAGCAUACACUUCUCUUUUUCUACUCAGGAAGUCAUAAAACAUGUAUUUAAGUUUUCUACAUAACACAAACUUUCAAUGUUCCUCAUAAGAAGCAAAGAUAAGGAAAUGUAGUAAUGCCAUGACACACACCCUCCUCCUCUUCCCUUGUCCCUUUGGCUCUGCUUACCUCCCACUCUCAGAUGAAGUCACCAGGCCACAUCAUAUUUUCUUAGGGAUAUGGACUGGAACUACUUGUAGUCAUGGUAGUGCAGACACCAUCACACAUCAGAAUGGUACAAUUUCCCCUCUCAGCCUUCAUCAGGCACCUUACAUACACGUCUAUGUAAACUUUUGUCUUUAGAAUCUAAAGACUGUCCCAUGUUGACUGGCUUCCAUUCCCGGAAGUCUUCAAACUGUCAGCUAUCCUAAGGUUUUGUAUUUUUAACAAAUGGGAUAGAUUCGGUAUGUCUCCCUUUCCUCCAUACCUACAGCCUCUUGUCCCACUGCUCGGGGUAGCAGAAGACCUGUGGUGUGCAGGGUUGGAGGUCUGCUAAGAGCAGGCCUUUAUUGGGGCUAUUAUUGGGCUGCAUGGAUUUAUGAAGGAUGAAGGCUCCAAAGACCUAGCAGAGACACAUGAAGUUUGGGAAAUGGAGCAAGACCUAGCCACACAGGUGUCCAGUGUGUGGAUCAGCCAUCCAUGUUUGCACAAUGCAUAACUUUCAGUAAAUGCAGUGGGCUACUAACAGUGUAAAUAUUAAAUAGCACUACUUGUAUUGUUACAAUGUCCUGGAUCUCAACACAAAUGCAGAGGUGAAUUGCACAGCAAUUUGUGAAUUAUAAUGUCAUGCAAAAAUAUAAACAGUAUAUACUCAAGAUACAAAUUCAUCUUCAUAGCCAUUUGCACACACCAAUUUGGCUUUACUCAUUGAAUCUUAAUAGUUUGAAAGGAAGUUUAUUUUUAUUACAAAAACCAACAACAAAAUCAUAAAUGGCCAGAGACAUGCUUAACAGCUCAACCAUUUUUUUAUAAUACAGAAAAAGGAAACCACACCGUCUGACUUUCUUUCAUGAUAUUUAGGGGUCUGAGGACAUUACUUCGGUAUCCUUCAAACCUUCGUCAUUAGUAUUUGAUAUUUAACUGCAGGUUGUAGUUUGACAUGUCACGUUCUGGAGUCCUGCUUAAAGGGUGCUUAAAGUAAAAAUCAAUUUCAGUAUGGGAGUUCUUGGUUUCUGUCCCUUUUCCAAGAUGCAACCAAUGUUUUCAUUCUUUUCACAUAUUGGUCUUGUGAUGAGUACAGGAAUUAAUUUGCCAAAUCAGAUUUAGGUUCCAUAAUAGCAUGUAGAGAGACAAUGCGAUAAUAGAAUGUAAAUUUAUGUCAGGAUUGUAAGGGAUAUUACAAACUCAAAUUCAAGAUCUGAUCUCUGUUAUUCAAUACAUAUUGCAUCUGUUUUCCACAUUCUAAUUGUAUCCAUAAUUUGUACUAUGUUCUAUAUUUUUAACAACUGUAUAUCAAUGAGUUCAGUAUUCCUAGUUGUGUGAAUAGAACCAGAUACCUCGAUUCUUAAUCUCAAAAUGACUUCAAACAUUUAAGCAAGAACAACAGCCCAGGAGGAAUUACAGGCUUUCUAGUCCAAUUUAGAUGAACUGGAUAGGCUCUGAAGUUCAUUAAGACACCCAUUGUGUUAUGAAUUUGAAUGAACCUCAUUGGUUUUUGCACAUUCAAUUCUCUGUAUCAAGAACAAGCUGAGGAUAACAGACUGAAGCGGUAACAGGAGUGACUUUUUUGAAAUGCAACGUGUUUCUGGCCAUUUCUUUUCCCCAUAUGUCCUGUGUUGCAUCCCUCUAGCCAUCCUCUACACCACAUUCAUACUUACAUAUAGAAACACUCACACACACAUGCGAGGUAAAAAUAUGAUGAUCAGGAAACCCCCAUCCCACCUCAAAUUAAAGUUAGUCCGUCAUCCAUAUAAUACACAUUAAAUAGUACAGAGGUCACAGUUAAUUUACAAAAGAUAGUCUGC